GCGCGCGCAGCCCGGCACGCCUGACGCGGCCCAAACCCACUGCUCCUGUACAAGGUUGUCGGCGUUGGUGCCCGCUGUGGUCCAGAGCGACGCUAUGAUCUACAACACGGAGUCCUCGCUCUUCCAGAGCUUCCUCUCCUCGGGCAAGCACAAGCCGACCAGCGACGAGGUGAUCGAUGCGCUGAACGUGAUCAAGGCGGAGACGCCGAACCGGAGCCCCGAGCAGAUGGCGGCGACGUUGAGGGCGAAGUACCCGCAGUGGGUCCUCGAGGACCUGGACUGGGCAGAACUCAGCCGCAAGAUGGGCGACGACGAUUAAUUGCCGUGUCCGUGGCGACAGCGCGGCGGCGACGGCGCGGCGGCGCAGCGCUCCGCACCGGCCGUGUGGCACGGCGGUGCGGUUGGGUAAAUUGACUUGACUUCUCUCCUAGAUAUACGCC